CGGGCCAGUACCGGGUUGUCAGAACGAUCGCCGCGGUAGUGGGGCGAGGCUACGUGGUCGCUCAGUCUUGGUCGUCCGGGACCCGAGUCAGGAUGAGAGCGCAGAGGACACAGGGCCGCUGGAGGCGCAGGUAACGAAGCUGGGGUGCGGUGGGCUUGCGGCUGGGCUUCUUCCGGGACCAGUGGUGCUGAAUGGAGAGGACCGAGAAGACGCCGAGCCGCGGCUCCUAGCGGCGGGGCCGCUGCAGCUGCCGGGCGAAGAUGUGCGGAUCCCGGGUGACUUGGGGCAGCUGAGAGCCUUCGAGCCCCAGGACCCCCGAGGCCCGAGAUGAGUUAGCGGGGCAGCCGCGGGGGCCAGUUCCUACAACCACAGGCCGGGGCGAUCGCCCUCCCGCCCCUUCCUUGCAGAGGCCGACAGCUCCUUUCCGCGCCCUCCCGCCCGUGCCCUCGGCUCUGGAGACCAUGAGGUUCCGCAUCUACAAACGGAAGGUGCUAAUUCUGAUGCUCGUGGUGGCAGCCUGCGGCUUCGUCCUCUGGAGCAGCAAUGGGCGACAAAGGAAGAACGAAGCCCUUGCCCCGCCGUUGCUGGACGUCGAGCCCGCGCGGGGCGCGGGAGGCCGGGGUGGGGACCAUCCCGCGGUGUCGGUGGGCAUCCGCAGGGUUUCCAACGAGUCGGCGGCUCCACUGGUCCCCGCGGUCCCGCAGCCGGAGGCGGACAACCUUACGCUGCGAUACCGGUCCCUCGUGUACCAGCUGAACUUUGAUCAGACGCUGAGGAAUGUAGAUAAGGCUGGCACCUGGACCCCCCGGGAGCUGGUGCUGGUGGUCCAGGUGCAUAACCGGCCGGAAUACCUCAGACUGUUACUGGACUCACUUCGAAAAGCCCAGGGCAUUGACAACGUCCUCGUCAUUUUUAGCCAUGACUUCUGGUCGACAGAGAUCAAUCAUUUGAUCGCUGGGGUGGAUUUCUGCCCUGUUCUUCAGGUGUUCUUUCCUUUCAGCAUUCAGUUGUACCCCAACGAGUUUCCGGGGAGUGAUCCUAGAGAUUGCCCUAGAGACCUGCAGAAGAAUGCAGCUUUGAAAUUGGGGUGUAUUAAUGCUGAGUAUCCUGACUCCUUCGGCCAUUACAGAGAGGCCAAAUUCUCCCAAACCAAACAUCAUUGGUGGUGGAAGCUGCAUUUCGUAUGGGAAAGGGUCAAAGUUCUUCGAGAUUAUACUGGCCUUAUACUCUUCCUAGAAGAGGACCACUACUUAGCUCCAGACUUUUACCAUGUCUUCAAAAAAAUGUGGAAAUUGAAGGAGCAAGAGUGCCCUGAGUGUGAUGUUAUCUCACUGGGGACCUAUACUGCCAGUCGUAAUUUCCAUGGCAUUGCUGACAAGGUAGAUGUGAAAACUUGGAAAUCCACAGAGCACAAUAUGGGUUUAGCCUUGACCCGGGAUGCAUAUCAGAAACUGAUUGAGUGCACAGACACUUUCUGUACCUAUGAUGAUUAUAACUGGGACUGGACUCUUCAAUAUUUGACUGUAUCUUGUCUUCCAAAAUUCUGGAAAGUACUGGUUCCUCAAGCUCCUAGGAUUUUUCAUGCUGGAGACUGUGGAAUGCAUCACAAGAAAACAUGUAGGCCUUCCACCCAGAGUGCCCAAAUUGAGUUACUCUUAAAUAAUAACAAACAGUACAUGUUUCCAGAAACUUUAACUAUCAGUGAAAAGUUUACUGUGGUAGCUAUUUCCCCACCUAGGAAAAAUGGAGGGUGGGGAGAUAUUAGGGACCAUGAACUCUGUAAAAGUUAUAGAAGGCUGCAGUGAAAAAAAAGUCAAUUACAAAAGCAAAAGUGACAGUCUUCUAUUUUUGAUAUUUGUCUCAACAGGAUAUACAACUGAAUAAAAGAUUUAGGAACUGGUUUCUGCUUUAAUACAAAAAAAUUUUUUUUUCUUGUAAAAGGUGUCCAAAUAUAUAAUAUAAUAAUCUUUUCCAGUUAUAUCUGAUUAAGAUGUAAAACAAGUUUUCAUUUUGGGAGUUGAAUUUUAAAGCUCAGUCUGUCUCUGUUAAAAGUAAUGAUUAUUGUUAAUUGAUAUGAGGGAAGAGGGAAAGUUUUAUUUAAAUUGCAUCUGUUAAUCUUUUUAUCUGAAACUUUGUAUACUUUUCCACUUUCAAAAACUUAUUUUAAGUACAGCAAAUUUAAAAUUGAUAGCAGUAAAAAAGUGUUACAAUGAAAUCACAAGAGUAUUAAUGGAACAACCCAGUUUCACUCUUGACACAGUUAUUAGGAAGGGAUUGCUUCACUGGUUGAAUAAUUCAAAAGUUAUAUUUGCUAAACACCCUGUCAGAACAGUCAUUUUCAGUAUUACUGAUUCCUGUAUAUUGUGUUAAGAUUUGCCUGUGCUUUGGAACCUUCAUAGAACACACUUUCUUUUGGAAUGUAUUUGAUUGAUAAGCAAGUUUAAACAUUGUUUUCACCUCAGUGUAGAAAUACAAUGGAUUUGAUUUUUUUUUUUUCUUUUAGUGUACCAAAAUAAAAUACUCAUUUUUGCAUAAAAAGGUUCCUAAUCAUUUUGCAGAACAAAUUUUGUUUACUCCUUACACCAAAUUUAGUAAAGAUAUUUUAAAAGUUUUGAACUUUUAAAAGCAUUACAUCUUAAUAUUUACUAUCUAUACAUUGUAUAAUAAGUUUGAAAUAAAACCCUGCUCAUGACAGUGCAUUCACUGUGGAAGAAACUAUUUAGCUUUCAAAUUAGGCAGGCAUACAUAAUAAACAAAAAAGCUGCUGUGUAAGAGAAAUACAGCCUAAAUUGUUUUUUAAGGCCAGAAAUGAUACAAAGUUCAGUUGUGCCAAAGUGCAACACAUUCUAGUGCCAGCUUUAACUCACCUGUCACUAGUAUUAGGGGUUGAACUCAGGAGUACUCUACCACUGAGUUACAUACAUUUCCAAUCCUUUUUAUUUUUGUAUUUUUAGACAGGGUCUCCCUAAGUUGCCUAUGCUACCCUUGUGUUUGAACUUGUGAUUCUUAUGUGUCAGCUUUCAGAGUAGGUGAGGUCACAGGCAUGCACCACCAUGCCUGGCAAGGUACUUUUAAAAAAAGAUGGAUACAGUAAAUAAUAGGUAACAGGCUUAAAAUUUACUCCAUAUUUUGUAUACGUUUCCCUUAUUACUACAUUCAAUAAAAAAAAUUACUCAUCAAAAGCUA